AUGAAGCUUUUUAAUCUCCUUGUCGGGUGUGUGUUGGUAGCCCCCGCUGCGCUUGCCUCGACGUACGAUGCCGUGAUUGUUGGUGGUGGUCUCUCUGGCCUUUCUGCUGCCAAAGAGCUCGUUUCGAAAAACAAGACAUACGUGGUUCUUGAGGCACGCGACCGUGUCGGUGGCCGUGUGUACAACAAGCCUCUUCAGCACCAAGAUGGUGUGGUGGAAGUCGGUGCAGAGUUUGUCGGUCCUACGCAAGACGUCGUGCUUGCGCUUGCCAAAGAGCUUGGACUGAGCACCUUUUCGACGUACAACAAGGGCGACAACAUCCUUUGGCAGAACAACAAGCUCAAGACCUUCCCCGCUGAUGGCUUGUUGGGUGCCGUGUCGCCCGAAGAUCCCAUUACGCUUCUCCAAAUCUCUCAGUUACAGUCUGAGCUUGACAAAUAUGCCAAGAAGAUCGAUAUUAAUGCUCCUUGGGACUUUGAAAAAGCAGAAGAGUUUGACGCCAAGAGUGUCCAAGACUGGAUUAACGAGCACCACGUUACAAAGGCAACCAAAGAAAUCCUGACUUUGGCGCUUGCCGAGAUCUUCUCUGCUGCGCCUGCCGACCUCUCGCUGCUCUACGUCAUUUUCUACGUUGCUUCCGGUGGAGCGCCCGGAAACCCUGGUACUAUGGAGCGUUUCACGCAGGUCAAGGACGGCGCGCAGAUGUACCGUAUUGAGGGGGGCACGGGCCUCCUUCCCGAAAACCUCGCGAAAAAGCUCGGCAAGCACAAUAUCCGGCUCAACUCCCCCGUCUCUUCUAUUGAGCGGGCUGGAAAAAACACGAACGACACCUAUACCGUAACGACCAGAAGCGGCAAGAAGUACGAGGGCAAGCACGUCAUUGUGGCCAUGUCGCCGCCCAUGGCCGACAAGAUUUCCUUUUCCCCUUCUCUCCCCCACGCACGUCAGCGGAUUCAGAAGAAAUUGAAGAUGGGCUCCAUUGGCAAGGGUAUCGGCAUUUACAAAGAGCCGUUUUGGCGGAAGAAGAAGUACUCGGGCCAGGUUCUGAGCGACGACUUUGCGGUUCGCGCUUCGUUCGACUCGACGCCGAAGGACAAGUCGUUUGGCGCGAUGAUGGGCUUCAUCCAAGACGAGCAGAUGCGCGCGCUUGAUGGUGCGAGUGAGGAGGAGCAGGAAGAGGCCGUGGGCUCUGCGCUUCGCCACUACUUUGGCGCGGAGGCGGAGCAAGUGAGUGAGUGGGUUUUUAUGCGCUGGGACAAUGAGGAGUACUCGGGCGGCGGCCCAACGGCUAAUGCACCUGUUGGUGUCCUGUCCAAGUAUGGAAAGGCGCUGCGCGAGCCCGUGGGCAACCUGCACUGGGCCGGCACCGAGUCGGCAGACUACUGGGUGGGCUACAUGGACGGUGCGCUGCGCUCCGGCAAGCGCGCUGCUUCUGAAAUUAAGUAG